AUGCUACACAACCAUGAAAAAAGUAAAAAAGGUGGAGCGCUGAGUAACAACCAUUGUGCUUGUAAAGAGUUUCAGGAGUGUGUUGCAGCGUGUGGCCUGAUUGAUUUGGGGUUUGCGGGCUGGCCCUACACUUGGAAGAGGGGCAAUCUUGCUGAGAGGUUAGACCGGGGUUUGAGCAAUCUGGAAUGGCAACUUGCAUUCCCAGAGGCUAUUGUUAAACAUAUGCCCCUGUUAAAAUCAGACUACUCUCCUAUUUGCCUGCAACUUUCUCCCGUUAGCGAGCAGAAUAGAGGAAGAAGGCCGUUCCGCUUCCUUGCGGCAUGGAUCACACACCCUGACUUUGGGAAUGCUGUUGGUGCGUCUUGGAAUAUUCAGGGCUCUUGGGCUGAGGGCAUAGCAAACUUUAAGAAUAGGAUCAAGGAGUGGAACAAGUCGGUAUUUGGUGACAUCUUCAGACGAAAGCAUAGAAUUCUCAGAAGACUCCAAGGAAUUAACUCUAGUUUGGGGCACUCUCAUAACUCCUAUCUUGAUAAUCUUCAAAAAGAGCUGUGGGUGGAGUAUGAACAGAUUCUCCUUCAAUAA